CGAGCGCGAGAGACAGAGACACACACACACACACACACACACUGCUCCACACCAGCGCGCGCGGCUCCUCUUCAGGAUUUGUUGAAUAAAGUGCAGACUGGUGUAACUGGUGGUGUUACUGGUGGUGUUACUGGUGUUUUUCUGGUGUUUGGUCUCCCGGAUGUGUUGCUGUGUUGAAUCCCGGAUUAACGCGCGCGCACCGGCCCGGUUUCAGCCUGGGAGUGGAUUAUUAAAGCGGGUUUUAUUUUCCUUCCCUGGAUUUUGUGCACUGAGCGGAUUUACGCGUCUCCUCCUCGCGCGCAGCUUCAGCUCCAGCCGCUCGCUGUGAGCAGGAGAGACUGAAGGAGGAGAAAGAGAGAGAGAAGGAGAGAGAGAGAGAGAGAGAGAGAGAGAGAGAGAGAGAGAGAGAAGCCGUCCGUGUCAUGGCCUCUGGUCUGUGAUCAUCGUCGUGAGCUUCCUUCCCCGAGACGCACCGAAGUCUGAAGUGAUCAGGAUGAAGAGCGAGUUUGUGUCGUUUCCGCUGUGCGCCGUCACGCUGCUCACGCUGGCUCUGUCGCAGCACUGCGUCGCCAUCCGAUGGCUGGCUUUAUCCCAGACGUUGGAGCACAUUAAUAAGACGCAGCAGUGUAAGAUGCUCCCCGGCCUGGUGUCCUCGCAGGCUCAGCUCUGCCGCACUAACCUGGAGCUCAUGCAGGUCAUCGUCCAGGCCGCACGCGAGGUCAAAAAGACAUGCCAGAAAACGUUCGUCGACAUGCGCUGGAACUGUUCGUCCAUCGACGCUCCCAAAUACCUCCCGGACCUGGAGAGAGGAACAAGGGAGUCUGCGUUCGUGUACGCGCUCUCUGCCGCCGCUAUCAGCCACACUAUCGCCCGAGCGUGCACCAGCGGGGAGCUGAGGCUGUGCACGUGUGGCCCAAUCCCAGGUGACCCGCUCGAGCCCGGGCACAGGUGGGGCGGCUGUGCUGAUAACCUCCACUAUGGCCUCCUCAUGGGAUCAAAGUUCUCAGAUGCUCCUAUGAAGAUGAAGAAGAAAAGCGGGUUACACCCAAACAAACUAAUGCACCUGCACAACAGUGAAGUGGGACGACAGGCCCUGAAGGAUGCGCUGGUGAUGAAGUGUAAGUGUCAUGGCGUCUCAGGUUCCUGCUCCAUCCGCACCUGUUGGCGAGGGCUACAGGACCUGAAGGAAAUCGCUCAGGACCUGAAGACAAAGUACCUGUCAGCCACCAGAGUGAAGCACCAGCCUACAGGCACACGCAAACAGCUCGUCCCCAAAGACAUUGACGUGCGGCCAGUACGAGAGAAUGAGCUGGUGUACCUGCAGAGCUCGCCUGACUUCUGCACCAAGAAUGAGAAGAUGGGAUCCAUUGGCACUCAGGACAGGCAGUGCAACAAGACGUCAAGCGGGAGCGACAGCUGCGAUCUGAUGUGCUGCGGCCGAGGCUACAAUCCGUACACGGAGAAAGUGGUGGAGCGCUGCCACUGCAAGUACCACUGGUGCUGCUACGUCACCUGUAAGAAAUGUGAGAGGACUGUGGAGAGAUACGUGUGUAAAUGAGUCUCUCUCACUCUCACACACACACACACACACACACACACACACACACACACACACACACACACAAUCCAAGCUGGAAUUCUACCACAUAUACAGCUAUAACACUUAUACUUUUCCUCAUUUGGGAGUUCUGAUUAUCCGUCUUUAACCAAAAGCACUCAGCUACAAAGAAAGCAAACUGAAGCUUUUUUGUCUUUAUAUAUCUAUAUAUUUUUUUUCAAAUAAUUUUUUUUCCAUUUUUGUUUUUGUUGGUAUGAACAUUGCUCAUAACUCUGACCAACCCAGAGACUGGACUAUUUUGCAUUUUCCAAACUUUUUAUUUUCACAAUAAUCAGCCGUCCUUUUUUUUUUUAAAGGCUCAUAUCUGGAGUUUUAUUCUUGUACGAAACUCAAGGACAAAUGCUUUUUUUGUAUUAAAAUUACAAAAAACAAAACAAAACAAUGCAGUGACUGGACUGUUUUACAUUUUACAAACAAUUUUUUUUUAACCACAACCAGCUGGCCUAAAGAAAACUGUCAUCUUUUCUUUUUUUUUAAAGAUAUUAAGAUCUCAUUUUAUUAUAUGACAUUCUAAAAGAAAAGGUUUACUUUUUUUUGCAUAAAUGUUGCAAAACACCCCACAACAACCCAGAGAUCAGACUAUUUUUCACUUUGAAAACAUUUCUUUUAAAAAAAAUCUGUGCAUCUUAAAGAGAACCCUGUUAUUUUAAUUAUUUUAAUUUGCAGCUUAUAUCCAGAGUUUAUAUUUUUGUAUGAUACUCACAGAGAAAUGUUUUUUGUUGUGGGGUUUUUUUUUUUGGUGAACCAGAGAUUUGACUUUUUUUGCCUUUUCUUUUUGACUGAAGCCGUUCUGAGGAGAACUUGACUCCGUUUUUUUUUUUAAAAGCACAUCUUAUAUCUGGAUAUUAAAAGUUUAUUUUCUUAUACAGUACUCAAGGAGAAAUGUUCUUUGGUCAAAAAAUCACAAAGUGGAAAAAAACCCAGAGAUUGGACUAUUUUCCCAUUUUUAUCCCAUUGACCAGCUGUACUAAGAAGAACUUUGUCUUCUUUUUUUUUAAUUUUGUAAACGCAUAUCUUAUAUCUGGAUAUGGAGAGUUUAUUUUCCUGUACGAUACUCAGCGUCCCUCUGUAACGGUGCCUUCUCACUCGUGUGGAUCUCUCUUCUGGAAAUGGACACGCUUCAAAUGGACUCCAGUUUCAAUUUCUGGGAAAUUAGCAUGCUUUGGGAGACGGUGCUUUGUUUUUUAAUUUUAUUUCUGCAAGUGUUUAAUGGAUGAAUAAGAAGGACUGAACCAGACAUGAACUUGUGAAAUGGCUUCUGUCUUGGUCUGAGUAGUCCACAAAUAUGAUUUUAAUGGGAGAAAAUAGUCGCAUUUAUAUAUUUAUCCUCAGCACGAUGGUUGGACUGUAUGUGUUUUUUUCCUAGAUUUUAAUCCACCGUGCAGAAGUUUUAAAAAAAAUCAACAAAAAACAAACUACAGCCAGCACCACGUCAUGAACCACUUGUCUGUGGCUGUACAUACUGUCCUUUUUGUAUGCUGAAUUUUUAAAAAAAGAAAUAUUUAUAGAGUAAUUAAAGAUUCUUUACCAGAA